UAAUUACUCUGCAGAGACAGAAACCGGAUUGGACCGACAGACACACAGACAGACAUCCGUCGAUGCUGCAGCGUUAGUGUGCUCAACAAAGGCUCAGGCCGGGGAGAGGGCCAUUUUACCAAAUACAAAGGAAGCAGAGCAGCGAGGGAGGGGAGGACUAUGGGAAUGACAGGAAUAGCGAAAUAUCUCUUUACGAAAUCGCAAUGUGCCAUCAAACCAAACACUGAACAAUGGGUGAGAAGUGAUCAGUCACGACUACAACAGAAUAUACAGUGUAACGACAGUACAGCAAAUAAAUAAUUUAGAUGUCGAGCUGCCUUCUGUCAAAGCCGACUGCGCAUCACGGUGGCAAAAUGCCGGAACAGCAAUGAUGAUAUUACGACCCAGACACUGUACGACGUAAUCUAUCCUAAUUUUGAAAACAGCCGUGAAAGAUUAUCGUCUGCUGAGGAGCAGUUGGCAGUGAAGUCCCUCACCUCUACUCUUGCAAAGAACUCUUCCUGCUUUUCCUCACACUCAACUCAAAGCCGUCAAUCUUCCUUAAACCCAAGCUCACCAGUUGAUAGGUUCACAGCACCUUCUCUGACAAGAGCCAGCCAUCCCGUUUUUCACAUCCCUAACCAGCCCAAAAAAUUUCCUUCAAACCUCACAGAGUCUCAGCUUUUCCAAAUUUCCCACUCUACUAAUCAGUGUAUCACUGCAACUGUGCUCUCUACCCACAACCACACCCACUUACCCAUGGCUUCUCCAAAGUUAGGUGUGUCAGCAACCACAACCUCCUGUUCAUCCUCCUCUGUUGCUGCUUCUCUCUGUGUGCCUCCACACCCUGGAAGCCCUAGUUCUGUGCCUCAGGGUCCUCCAAGUCCAGUUACACCCUCUUCCAGCCCAAGCACAGUCCCCUCAGCUCCAGCAUGUGCACCUGUCAGUAUCGCUUUCAUCUUGGAGGAGCUACGUGUGCUGCAGCAGAGGCAAAUUCAUCAGAUGCAGAUGACCGAAGAAAUCUGUAGGCAAGUGUUGAGAUUGGGAGGAGGAUCUUGUGAGGUGGAUUCAAAACCAUUUACACUACCAUCUCUGCCACAGCUCUGUUUAAAAGGUUCUGUUAACAACCCCAGACCCUCCCGACCAAAGUCAUCACCUCCCCCUACCUCUGUGGCUCCUCUUUUGGCCUGUUUCUCAUCCCUGCUUCCCCCUCAGACCACCUCAAAAUCCUCCAAACACAACCACCCUCUCUUGAAUGUCUUACGCCCCCAUAAAGCACAGUAUGACAGCGGCAUAGUUACUCCAGCAAGCUUCACCAGUCAUACAAGUGCUUCCACGUCCUCAUCAAUGUCUACAGCUGCUGCCUCAAACUAUCCACUCACACUUUCUCUCGGCCUUCCACCGCAAAAAUCAUCCACCAUGGGAGCAAGUGGACACAGUGGUGUGACCUUCCCAAACCAAUCUAUGCCAGUAGCUGCUGUCCCUUCAGCCCCCUCACAGGAUCCAAAACUCCCUGCUCAAGGAGGUACAACUGUGUCAUCGUCGGGGCGUAUGCAGCAUGCAUGCCGAUUUUGUCGGAAACUAUUCAGCAGCGAUUCAUCCCUGCAAAUACACUUACGUUCACACACAGGGGAGCGCCCUUACCAGUGUCCUGUAUGUUUCAGUCGAUUCACGACACGAGGGAACCUCAAGGUCCACUUUUUGCGGCAUCGUGAACAAAACCCUGAACUGUCUUUUUCAUUGUUUCCCUGUUCGCUUUUUGCAUCUGUAACUGGUGGAUCAAUGGGAGGGUCAGCACAAAUGCAAUCAAAUGCACAAAUCGCCACCAAUACAAAUGCUACUCAGAGGCAACAAAAACAGCAAGAGGAUGAUCUGCGUGGUGACAGCCUUGAGGGAACUACUCCCUCAACACGUGCUACAACUUCGUCUCUUCCUCCAAGUAUUGAUUUGGCCCUGCUGACCACUGCACACUCCCUCCUUCAGCUCAACCGUGCGGCUGCUGCUGCGGCUGCUGCAGCCUCUACUUCCACUACCUCCUCAAUCACAUCCUCGUCACCUUCUUCUCUGGCCUCCACCCUUCUCUCAGCCCCUGCCUCAUCCACCUCCUCCAUUGCUGGGGUGUAUAAAGGAGUGAAACGCUUUGAUGAGAACACCCCACCAAUACCUACUCUGCUCCCGCAUUCUGCUUACUCGCAGCUUGCCAAUUUACCCAAAAUCUUCUUCCCAACAUCAUCCGCUCAGCAUCAUGCAGGCCAUGGGUUUCUCAGGCCAACAACUCCAGCUGGAUCUUUCCUGCCAUCCCAACAACAACACAUCACUUUCCCGUUCACAGCAUCAUCCACUACCCCAUCCAUCUCAGCCCCAACCUCAGACACAUCAAAGCUGCAAAGACUGGUCGAAAAGUUAGAGAAAGAACCACAAGGUCAGUCACAUUGGGUUUCAUCCAUAGGGGAGACGUCUACCAGCAGCCAUAGUGUAGCAGGAUCAUUAAGCUAUAGUAGCAGUGGUUUAAUGAGCACAAGCACAAGUACAAAUGUGGUCACAUCACUUCCAUCAUCUACGAUCCAAAUACCAUCAUCCCUCUUCAGCAAGGAGUCACCCUACCUGGGACUUAUGCACUCUGCUGGGACACUUGCCCCUAAUCAGUGUAGUGUGUGUCUGCGGGUGCUAAGCUGCCCAAGAGCAUUACGUUUGCACCAGGCUACUCAUUUAGGUGAGCGACCCUUCCCCUGCAAGUUAUGUGGUCGAUCCUUCUCAACUAAAGGAAGCCUUCGAGCACACCUUGCUACCCACCGUGCUCGCCCACCAAACAGCCGUGCCCAGAAUUCUUGCCCCUUAUGUCAAAGGAAGUUUACCAAUGCCCUUGUGCUACAACAUCAUAUCCGUAUGCACUUAGGAGGACAGCUACCACCAGAGCACAUGCCCGAUACCUCAACAGAUUGUGAUACUUUGUCCCAUUCCGAGUCUAUUGAGCUCUCUGCUUCAGAGAUGAGCCCUAGCGCUACAGAUGUCCAGUUACUAAAUGAUCUACAAACUAUUACGGAUUCUAGACAUACUGAAUCCCUGGCUGUCAGUACUGCUCUUACAGCAUGUGCCAUGACCUCCAGCCUACCUGCAUCACUUAGCUCGGGUCCUAUUCCACCUUUAGACCUAAGCCCUGACCCAUUGCUGAAUCCAACCCCCCAUUCACCUCCAACAUUCAGAGUUGAUCCACCCGAACUCUCACUCAGUGCACCUUCUCCAGUGGAGUCUGCACCCUCCCUUGUCCCCCCUACCACCCAAUCAGCAACCACUGGUCCUGAGGUCACUGAUAAGCUAUCUUUUGAACUUUCCAGCAACACUGCCUUCUUGGAAGAUAAAAAAGAUUUCCAGCUCUCCUGGUCUAAACAAAGAAAGUCCGCAAAGAAAUGACUGUGAAAGCAGUGAAAACAGAUCUGUCUCACCUAUACUUUGCUCCAGUUCCAGAUCAAAUCUGGAAGAUCUUCUUAGUAUACAAGCCCAUAAUGCACCCAGAGUUCCUCUACCACAUCCAGAAUCAACACCACCUUCUCUCCUUGCGCUGAGAUCUGAGAGUGUAUCUUCUCAUACAGUGCAUUUAGAAGAGCCUGACCAAAGCCUUCUCCAAACAUCCAAAAUAAUCCCCCAAGAGUUCCCUAAUGAAGAAAAGAUGGAAGAUAAAAUGCAUAAAACACCAAAGAAUGGACAAAGGACAGCUCCAGAUUUGAGUAUUAAUGCAGAUAUGGUAUCAGACACUGUAAACAAAACAAAUGAGGAUGAGACUGAGGAUCGUGACACACAUGUGCAAAAGACCAUAAAGGAAGCUCACUGUAGUUCAACUGCAAAGGAUAAAGCAGAUACAACAGCAGCUGAAAUGGACAGAACUGAAUCAACUGUAUGCAUAUCACUGACUCCCAGUCUUCCACCUCCAAUGCCAGAGAAAAAAAUCUACCACUGUUCUGAAUGUGGAAAAGAGUAUGCAAGUCGCAGUGGACUUAAGGGGCACAUGAAGCACCAUGGAGGAUUUGUCAAGGCACCCCGGGCUCUUGCAAAGACCAAGGGCCCAGAGAGAGCUUUGCAUCAUGAGCGCUCACAAACUCACCACCUUGCAACCUUCCUGCCACCAGGACAUCAGUGAGGGUUUUUUUUUUUUUUUUUUUUUUUUUUUAAACAAGCCCUCCAGGAACAUCAGCAAGCAUCAGAGAGCUCUCCCCUAAAUCCUAUUAAAGGAAUCAGAAAAAAAUGUAUUAAGAUGAAUUUAAUAGCUGACAAAAGGGAAGAAACGUGAAGGAUAUUAUGGACUAUGACUCUAGAGUGAAAAAAAAAACCCACACAUGUACACACAUAGAGGGUUAUUUCUUGCUUGUAAAAAAAAAUGUCCCUGAUCUUUAACCCAGAUCCUUUAUAUUAAAAUACCUGUAUUGAGUAUUUUAAUAUAUGUAAUGAUGUCUAAAUAUCUUAUAGUACUUCCUUGAAUAUUAUGUGAUGUUCUUUUAGAUAAAUGUAAAUUAUUUUGUCUGCGUAAGUUAAGAUGGAUUCAUUUACUUUUCCAAAGUGGUGACCUUAAGGUAGCUAAGGAUUUGAACAGUAGCUUUGGAUGAGGAACAGACCAAAAUUUACCAAAGCCAAUGAUGACAUAAUUGAUCAUUUUCCUCACUAAGAGCUAUUGUAUUGGUAUACUGCUUCUUUAUUCUUAAAGAACAUUUUACAUUACACAUUUUACAAGAACAUUGCUGUGUUUCCAAUUAAAAUCCAAAAAAGAUGGUAAAAUUUGAAAGGAGUGUAUUUCAAAUGAAGAAAUAUGCUACUUAUUUAAAAAGCACCUUGUCGAUACCUUGUUCCAGGGCAGCCAUUCACAAAUCAUCAUCGACCUUUGCUUGUAUCAGUUUUAAGCUCAAAUGUUUAAAAAUAUACCCUACUUAAGACACUUAAUACAAAUGGUACAGCUGCAGCCAAGAGGAAGUGAAUGUUAAAUUGUUUUCUUGCAAACCAACUGUGAACAAGUGCUUUUAACAAGCUGAUAUUUUAAAAACUUCAUAAAAUUUACAUUAUGUAAAUUCACAUAAAAUAUUCUUGACUUGUACUAAACCUUCAGGCUUUUACUUAAUAAUUUACCAGUUGGAAAGCACCAAAACACCAAACUGUAAAUAUGACCUGUCAACCUAUGUCCAUUGUGUCCAUGUUUGUCCUGUCCAGCUGUACAGUAUUAGACAAUAUACUGCUCUUAACACCAACUAGACUAAAGAGUCGGAUAAGAUUGUUUAACAAGCCUGUAUGUCAGUGUAAGCUCUUGUUACUUUAAUAUUGUCAGUGUAGCUAUUGAAAAAGAUAGAAAUAAAUUGACUGAUUCUGAGAUGAACCACUAUCUAGCUUAAAAAGGUAACCCUUUCUAUAUUUCUUGGUGGAAAUGUUUGUUUCUUUGGUGAUGUUUGUUCUUUGUCUGGAUACUUUUACAUGUACCUUCCAUAGAAAUGAAUUGGGUGUAUGAGUCUGACUGUGAGUUGUAAUUUCAUGGUACAGCUAAAAAAGGAAAUAAAAAAACAGUGUAUUCAUGACGAGAAA